AUGGAUGUAUUCAAAUUAGAUUUGGAUCAGGCUCAAAUCGGUUCCAGUCUGGUGGAAAGUAGUAGUAACAAUAAUACAAUACAUCAUAAUUUACACACAGCAACCGGCCCGGCCGGUGGUAACGGUGCCAACGAUAAUUUACAGGCGGUCGAUGAAGACGACGACGAAGUCUUACCCGAAGUUAGUUUUGAUGCAAAUUCUGAUUUUAAUUUACAUUUUUUCGAUACACCCGAAGAUUCCUCUACUCAGGGGGGCUUUAGUGAUCAGGGUUCGGUAGAGUCGGAAACGGAAGCAUAUUUGGAAUCGCCCUUAAUUGCUAGAACUGGUUUACAGAAUCAAUUGUCUCAGCAACAGCAGCAGCAGCAACAACAAUCACACUCCUUAACAACAGAUUGUCAAAAGUUUUAUCAAUCCUCCACAGCGUUGGGUUUAAAUCAAAGAACUGUUACGCAUAGUGUUAAUACAAAUAAUAGUUUAAAUCCUGUGAUAGCUGCGACAAGUUUUCCACAAUUUGGCAAUGGUGGAGGUUCGCUAUACACCGCAAACAAUAUCCACAACUUUACACAAUCGAAUUCAUCGUCAUCCGGCUGUUCUUCAACCUCUUCAAUCGCCAGCAAUAGUAGCAGCAUUUGCGGCAGUAGUUCUAGCCUCACAAACGCAAACAACAACAACAGCGGAUCAAUAUCCGGAAAUAAUCGAAUUAUUGGAUCAUCAACAAUAUCCUCAUCAUCGUCAGGUUCAGCAGCAGUUUCAGUAUCAACAGCAACAACAGCUUCAGCAUCCUCCUGUUCUUCCACAGCCGCCGCAGCAGCAGCAUCAGUUAAUUCGGCCUCAAUCUCAACGUCAUCAUCAUCGUUGGGUACUGAGCAUUUUAUUGGAAACCUCAAUCAUACAACAACACAAUCAUCAACAGUUUCAUCCUCAAUAGCUUCAUUGGCAAAUGUUAAAUUACCAUCAGAACAUCAACAACAACAAACAACACAUCAAACCCAUCAUCAACAGCAAACAUCACAACAACAGCAACUUCAGCAGCAACAACAACAAUCGCAACAGCAACCAACAACUCCACAACAGCAGCAGCAACAACAGCAAUCAUCGUCCCAACAAUUUGCCAUUGCGGAUUCCAAUUCGAACAGUGCAGUGGCAAAAUCAUUUGUUCCAUGUAAAGUUUGUGGUGACAAAGCAUCCGGUUAUCAUUACGGUGUAACAUCCUGCGAGGGUUGUAAGGUUCGUGGUAAAUGUGUUUAA